AUCUCUCACCUCCGCCACCCUUCUCAGGCUCCACCUGUCAUCAAGCUUAUCUUUCAGUCCGUCAUCUACCUCAUCUGGAAGGAACGCAACGCCCGGGUCUUUACCUCUGCCUCUACUUCUGCUGCUGGUCUUCGUUCCGCCUUAGACCGCCUGAUACGAGAUCGCUUGCUCUCCUUUCCAUCCCCGGACCCCACUCCGUCGCUGCUGCAGUUCUAUUUUUCUGGCCCUAGGCCUCCUUAAGGUUGUUCUGUUCUUGAGUUAGGUUGUUUUGUUUCUUCUUUCUGCACAAUAAGUUGUCCGCAACAGUUUUAAAUCUCGAAAAUGGUAUAAAUUUAACAUUUUACCAAAAAAAAAAUAUAUAUAUAUACUAACUCGACUCAGUCUGUUAUUAUUGGCUCAACUUAUCUAUAAUUCUCAACUUGAAUUCAUAUCACCUACCUCGUGAGCUAGUUGGUAUAACUCCAGAGACCACACCGUUCUCUUUUGGCUGCUGGUGUGCAUUAGAAUGGUAGAGCCUUCUUUUCAUGCACGCCAAGAACGGUGCACACAAGUCUCUGAGUCAUUAGGAAGUUCAUCGUGGAUAACCUGUUACAGAAAAUCUAACACCCCAACCGCCCCGCCAUUGGAUCUCACGUCUCGUAAGCAUGAUUAACAAAUACAAAAUUUAAUAAAAGAAGUGAAUUUAAAAGUAUAUUACAAUAUUUAAGUUUUUGUCAGCAUAAUAUAUUAAAUUAAAUAACAAUAAAUUUUGGUUGGAUUAAACUUUUUAAAAAAUCCAUGAGACAACACUAAUGGUCUUUUGUUCAUUAAAAAUGACAAAAACAAUUUUAGUAAACGUUUUUAACGUUGAUAAAAUAUGAUAUUAAAAACUACGAGAAACAUUACAAAGAAAAUAUUACAAUUAGAAUUUUUAUUUGCUUUAUAGGGAUUCACGUUUGAGAAUAUCAUUUUGGGUCGUCUUAUAAAAUCCACGCUUGACGGUAAUUCGUAGACCAUACUAAAAAUCUUAUGUAGUUUUUUCUCUUUUAAUCUACAUAUACUGUCUUCGGUGAGAUUCAAAAUUCAUACCUCGUGAUGUAGAAGUAAACUAUGCCUCGCAUGUUUUCAUAAUUUUCAGUCACUAAAUGACAUAACAAAAAAAAAUGAAUAACAAGAAUGCAGUUCAAACAAUAGUUAGCCAAUCCUAUUUAUGUCAAACCAAGCAGAAAUCUAACCAACCUAACAAAUCAAACAACAAAAACACAAAAAAAUACAACAAUGUACUAUAUAUAGAGGCAAAACCUCAAUAUAUAAACACCUUCCUCUCUAUCACCAAUGUACACAUCUCAUAGUCAUACAACAAACACAAAUCUUAGAGUUUUGUUUUGAACCAAAGAAACUUGUAAGAGAAAAAUGGCGGGAAAAGUGUAUAUGGUCAUGGCUUUGAUAAUGAUGGGAUUUGUUUUACAAGCAUGCAAUGGAAUGAAUGUUGAUGUUGAUGAUGGUGAUGAUAUCAAGCCAACAGAAGAUUCAAGAUUCUUUUGCUUCAGAGUCUGUUCCAUUAGAUGCGGCAAACAGAACAAGCCUUGUUACCAAGAAUGUUUGCCAAAAUGUGGUCUCCCACGACGACUUGCUAAACCAACAACAUCUCCAUCAUCACCUUCCUCCACCGUUUGAUGGAUCAAGCUAACUGCUGAAGAUUUCGUCUAUCAAGAAGGAAAAUUUGAGAAUUAUGAUAAACUUUGAUUAUAUCUCUGGUAUUUGUGUGACAAGUGUAUUCAAACUUGUUUUCUAUUAUAAGGACAUAGACCACCUUCUAUUAAAACACAUGUGAUCCCGAUUCACAUAUAACAAUAGAAACGUACAACAAAAAACAAAACAAGAGAGUAGUGUAUUUAGACUCGACUAACCACGUAAAUCAUACAAAACAAAAACAUGGAAUCUGAUCAGUAUAGCCUAAAUAUAAAAACAUCUAUCAGUUUUCCCGUGUUUCUGAAGCAAUCUCCCUUGCUCACUUUCUGCCUCUAUUUUUUUUUUGCACUAUGCUUAUUGUUAAACCUUGUCUGAAGCACACAUCUUCCGUGAUUGCAACAAGCACGAAAGGGUUCGCAUUAAUAACACCAAAAAGGACAAGGAUGUCUCUCUCUCAAGAGCAGAAACCAUUAAAUAAGAACAUAUUAGAACCCUCUCUUGUCAGGACAAUCUGCUGUCAUGUGUCCUGAACUCCCACAAUUGAAGCAAGCACCUCCAAAAUUCAUGUUUUACGUACAUACAUCAAUCAAUCACUUCAAUAGGGAAAGUGCACAGAUUUUAACAUAGAUUUAUUUGAAGCUCAAAGAAAAACUCAACUCUCUCGGGAAGGAGCUCUGCUGCUUGAUGGUCUUCUGUCAUUACCACCGCGAAUCAACCAAUCAUUAGAACAACUUCUGGAACCACCUCCAUGGGACCAGCUGCUUCCUCCUCCACCACUGCUUCUACCUCUUCUGUUAUCAUCACCUCCCCAACUAUCACGUCCUCAUAAUGAGUCUCCUCUACCUCCAAAUCUUGACCCUCUAGUUAUUGUUAUAAUACACAUUUUGCCUAGUAUAUAAUUUUUGUUUUCUGUUUGUACUUGAUGGAAAUUUGUGAGAUUGGCUUUCUCUUAUUUAUUUCAUAAACUUGAAAUCAUGGGAUCUUAAAAUAUACUAUAUUAGUUUGUCCUUAUGUUAACUUUGGUUUUUCACAGCUAGUACGUGUAACUCAUCAAAUCAUUAAAAUUUCUGUUUAAGUAAUUUACCAUGAAAUUGCUUGGAAUUUUUCGAUUGAUUAUGUAUUCAAAAAAUUUCUAAAUACUACUGGAUUCUAAUUUGAUAUAGAAAAUUCUAAUUGAAUAAAACCAAUUCAUAAUUAAAAAUAUUGUAAGCAUGAUUAACAAAUAUAAAAUUUUAUAACACUGAAUUUUAGAAUCUUGGAGAGUCUCAUCUUGCCAAUGAGAUGAUGAACGGGAAAGAGUGGCUUAGUCAAUACAUCAACCAAUGGAUGUUCAGUAUUGAUAUGUAAAAGUUUGGUUCCGCUAUUACUACUCACUGUAGAAAUGUAGAAUCAUUGAUUAAAUAAACGUAGAUUUUUGUUAAAUUUAAAUUUUAUUAAAAUCCAUGAGACCACAAUGUAAACUAUACCUCACAUAUUUUCAUAUUUUCCAGCCACUAAAGUACAUAACAAGAAUGCAGUUCAAACAAUACUUAGCCAAUCCUAUUUAUAUCAAGCCAUACAUAAAUCUAACCAAACUAAACAUAUCAAACAACAAAAACAAAAAAA